AUGGCGCUGGCGGCUCUGGCUCUGCGGGUGCUGUGCGGCAGCGGCGGCUGCCUGGAGCAGGGCGAGCUGCGGCGGAGGCUGCCGGGCCGGCCCUCGGCCGAGCAGCUGGAGGCCGUGCUGCGGGACGCGCAGCGCUUCACGCUGGUGCGGCGGCCCGGCCCGGCGGCGGCGGCGGCGGAGGCCGAGGUGGCCGUGGUGGUGGCCACCAGCCCCGUGCGGCUGUGCCCGGAGCACGUCGCGGGCUGCCCGGGGCAAUGCGGGCGGCUGCACCUCUGCAAGUACCACCUGAAGGGCUUCUGCCGCAACCAGGUGGCCAGGAAGGGAUGCAGGUUUAUCCACGACUUCCACUCAGACCACAAUCUUCAGGUUCUAAAGCAAUACGGACUUGAGAAUUUAAGCCGUGAUGAACUUUGCCAGCUACUGCUUCAAAAUGACCCUUCCCUCUUACCAGAGGUCUGCUUGCAUUAUAACAAAGGUGAUGGACUUUAUGGAUCUUGUUCCUUUAAAACAUCCUGCAGCAAACUUCAUGUUUGCCAGUACUUUUUGCAGGGUCAGUGCCGAUUCGGCAGCAGCUGCAAACGGUCCCAUGACUUAUUAAAUCCAGAGUGUUUUGAGAAACUGGAGAAACAGGGCAUGAGCUCAGACAUUAUUAAGAAACUACCUUCCACUUAUAGAAACAUGUAUGACAUAAAAAAUGGCAACAGGAACAUGUAUGACACAGAAGAUGCCAACUCUUCACCAUGCAAAGACAGAAAACCCAGCACUGGACAAGGUUCCUCAGCUACGAAGGACAAUGAAUCAGAACAGAUAUGUUUGUAUCAUCUGUACAGAAGCUGUGGCUUUAAAGAAAAGUGUAUCAGAACCCACUUUCACUUGCCAUAUAGAUGGCAGUACUCUGAGGCUAAUACCUGGAAGGACUUCACAAAUAUGGAAGAAAUAGAAAAAGCAUAUUGUGACCCAAAAAACAUCAGAUUUGAUAAUGCUCUUAUUUAUGAACGGGUCUUUUUCCCACUCUGUAUCCGUUUUCAUGAUAUGUGCUGCGGGCUGCUGAAAGUCAGACGCCUUUCUACAGCCUCCUCUGUGACCAGACCCCCUCACUUCAUUCUUACAACAGAAUGGAUCUGGUACUGGAAAGAUGAAUAUGACAAGUGGCAGGAGUAUGGAAAACAGGAUGAUCUUCAUGCAGCUGCUACUGUCUCUAGUGAUGACCUGGAGAAAGCUUAUUUGGCUGAAAGUUCUCCAAAGCUGACCUUCAAAGCUGGAAGACAUGAAUAUGAAAUAAAUUUUGUGUCCAUGGUGCAGAAAAACAUUUGCUACAGAACAGAGAGGAAGAUUUGCAGAAGACCUAAAUUUGUUUCUCAGGCAGAGGUGGAAAAGACAAGAGCCAGGGGUGUUAAAUAUACAGAAGGGUUUAAGAACAUUCCAGCUCACUGGGACAAAUCUGCCCUGCCUGAACUGGGAUUCAAGCUGAUUGAGCUUGACUGUUCUUCUGAAGAAUACAAGAAAGUCAAAGUGGACUUUCAGCGCACAAUGCCCAGAGCAGCUAUUAAAAAGAUUUGCAGAGUUCAGAACCCAUCCCUCUGGGAGCUGUAUCAAUGGCAGAAGGACCUAAUGCAGAAGAGCAACGGUGGAAAGGCUGCAGAUGAGAGAUUUUUAUUUCAUGGGACCAGCAAAAAAGACAUUGAGGCCAUCUGUCAGCAGAACUUUGACUGGAGAAUCUGUGGCCUUCAUGGGACAGUCUACGGCAAAGGAAGCUAUUUUGCAAGGGAUGCAUCUUAUUCUGACAACUACUGUGGGACAGACUCCCACACCAAAACCAUGUUUCUGGCACGAGUGCUGGUGGGGGAGUUCACUCUUGGUAGUCCUGAUUACGUUCGGCCUCCCAUGAAGGACAACCAAAACUUCUAUGACAGUUGUGUGAAUAACAUUCCAAACCCUUCUAUCUUUGUCAUCUUUGAGAAGCAGCAGAUUUAUCCAGAGUAUCUCAUAGAAUACCAGGCAUCAGCAAGACUUCUAUAGCAGCAAAACCUGUCAUCCUUAUGUUUUUUUAUUUUUGGCUUAAGAGAGAAAAAUUUGUUUUGAAGAAGCUGUGUGAUCAGAUAAGUGGGUGGUCAGAAGCAUUUUUUCUGUGUCUUUUCUGUGCAAUAGAAAACAAGGCAUAAAAAGACAUAGAGGAUGUUUUAGAAUUCCUAAAGUCCUGUUUCUGUAUCCCGUUUUUAGCAGCUUUCACAUUACCCUACAUUAUGGGAGUCUUUCAUAAGUUUAUUAGAAGAAAUUGCUGAUGGGUGUAGCAUGAGGAUUGGCCAUGACUGCCAGGUUUAAACAAUUUUUAGUUAUUGUUUUAGGUUAGAUUUUUUACACGUGCUCAUUGGUUAGAAGCACUAUCCCUCUACCUGUUUAUCUUUUAACUCAAAAUUGGAUAAAACACUUUUUUUCUUAGUAAUCUGUCUCCUGUAACAGUAGACAUUCAGGUAUUUGCAAAUGUGAUUUUACAAUCUCUAUGCUCAACUCAUUGCAUAAGUUCUUAAAAGCAGUCUUCUUCUUUGUCCCUACUUAACCUGCACCAACAAAACCUCAAAAAUUAAAUUUGCUUGUUGAAAAAGAACAUUUAAAACAAGUACCAAAGAUACAAGCAUAACAGGGGGUGCUUGGUGCUGUGUGACCUGGCUGUUUUACUCUGCCAAAUGAAUACUGUAUUUUAUGUCUGAGAACACAAGUUUUUCACGACUCUGACUGUGCCUACAAACAAAAGAGUGCUGUCAGGUGCUGUGGAGGAAGCAGAGGAGGCAACUCAUGCUGUUAUUUAAUACCAUACUUAGGAGGGAAUGAUACUGCUUGUCCUGCUUGAUUAUCAGUUCCUGUGGGAGAACUUCACAGUUCUCUUACAGCUGUUGGGAAGGAUGGUGAGUGACUGUCUCUUAUUAGGUAUUCUGCCUCUUUGGUUGCAGGACAUUCACAGAUUUCCUGUGUAAUCAAGAUGUUGUUGGACUUUUUUCAGGAAAAAUGUGCUUUCCUAGGAAAUUGUCUUCAGCCACAGACUUGAGACCUUUAAAAUCUGAAGAUUAGGUUGAAUAUUUAAUUACUCCCAUCAGAAGAAGAUAAUAGUGUUUAGCAGCCAGCUUACAUGUAUGCAAUUGAAAAAACUUGAGCUAUCAAAUAUUUUUUUAAGAUUAAAGUUGCUGAUGCAUAUCUAGAUACUUUUUUGUAGUAUUAAUGUGCUAAAGUAGAUAUGUUAGCUAUACUGUACUGCAGAAGCCUUAAAAUACGACCUAAAAAUAUGACAGAAAAAUAUGACCUAAAAAAGCUCAUCUUUAGCUGCAUUCUGUAUACUUAACUUUUAAUUCAUCUGGAUGAUGAUUGACAGGUGUCAAUCACUGAGUAACUCUUGAUUACUUCAGCACUGUGAGACAGGAGCUUGGCCAUGAUUAGCUGGAGUAAGGCUCUGGAGACCCCUUUUUAUGUGAACUGCAAAUCUAGCAGCAUGGUGUGUAGAGGAGACGAAUCCCUCUGCAGACAUUCCUGUGAGGGCCCCCUAGAACUUCCUUUGAGAUAAGAAAAACUACUUGCUUAGAAUGACUCAUGUUUGAAAAAAUGCAAGCUCUUCUUCUUAUCUUUUUAGAAUAUUAUUGGUUAGGUUUGAUUCUUUAUAAUUCGUUGUCCCAAACAAAGAAAGAUAAUAUAGUUGGCCAAAAUGCAUUAACUCUGUUUUCCAUUGGUUUGCUUGUAAUCCCCCCAAACCCUAUAAAAGUACAUGUGUGAUCCCCCAUCUUUGGAUUUGUGGCCUGACCCCUUCAGGGAUGACAAUAAAGCCUGUGGAAAAAGUCUGAGCUGCUCUCCCGGUCUUUUGAUGCCGGCUGGAAACUACAGGUUUCUGUGAGAAACCAUGAAGCUACGUGCCUGAAAGGCCAGCACUCACAAACCUUGGAACUUUCCCCUGCCCGACAACAACAGGGCAGGGGACACAAGAAAAAGUUACAGCAUGGUACCUAAAGGAAAAUAACUCCUAUUUGUGUUGAAUCCCAGUGAAACAAAGGAUAGGGAAAGGCAAACUGACUGUAUUAUCUCUUUUGAAAGGUUUGUAAUAGAACAUAAAUGAUAAAUCUCAUGUCAGCAAAUAAGCUUGUCAGCAAUUAGUACAUUCAUUGAGGAGGAUAGCAGUUAUGGAGGAAAGCUUUCGUAUCUGUGCAGAAUAAGGUUUUUCUAAUGGUUGUCUACAUAUUAAUGGCAAAUGAGAAUACUGGUUGUAUACAUUUCUUCCUCUGAACAUAACCAGAAAUUCAGGUAAGAACUAGAAUAGCUAAAGUCAUGUUAAUCUUCUGCCAGAAAAUUGAAAGAAACAUUCUUUUUCAGGCAAAAAGUUGAAAUAUUUUUGUUGACAUUUUUUACUGUAUUUUUAAAACCUCUAACUUGAUUCUUGGAGAGGAUGUGUAUGCUUGUGUGUUUGUUUGAGUGUAAGUAAAGCAGUGAAUAAAUUCCUGGUUGUAGUAACUUGUCAUCUGUUAUUUCUCCAUUAUCACAGUAAAAGAAAAGUUGCUGUGUUUUCCACUUUUGAAACUGCAGGGGUAACUUUCUUUU